GAUACGAGCGCGACUCAACCUGUGGAAGCCCGCGAUGAACAGCUGAUCCUCCCGCAGUGGAUAAAACCGAUCAACGUGGUCAACGCCGAGUCAUGAUUUCUCAUCCCACGCGCGGCACUAUGUGAAUAGUUAUUGGAGAAGUAGACAAAAGGAAAAUAACUAAAGGAAAGUAGAUUGGAGAGAGUGAAGGAGCGUGUCUCUCUUUUUUUAUUUUUUUGUAUUUUCUUAUUUUUGGGACCUGUUGAUCAUCAUCAGUGUGACAGCCGGACACACAGAGACUACCUGCCGCUCCCUGCUCUGCUCUGCGCUCACCGACCAUCAAUGAUGUUAUUGUCAAGAUUGCUUCUUGUCACCUUUUCUCACUUUUUGGCGUCUUUGUUUCCCUGUUAUCUGCCUCAAGUCUCCGCACAGAAGCCUGGUUCCCGGUGGCUGAUUGGAGACAGAGACAAUCACUGUGGGGUCAUCUGCUCACGGACGCAGGGGAAGCCGGUGUGCGGCUCGGACGGGCGGAGCUAUGAGACCGGCUGUGAGCUGCAGAGGGCGCGCUGCAAAGACAAAACACUGACACUGGCACACCGCGGCCGCUGUCGAGGUAAAAACUGGGUGAAAAUCGAUCAGUUGCCGGUGGCUCCAGCACCAACUUCUACAUCUGAGGCGAGAGACCUGGAGCUCAAAGAUGCAGGUCAGUCCAAGUGUCGCGUUGAGAGGAACCAGGCUUUGGAACAAGCCAGGAGGCCUCAGGAGUCCAUGUUUAUCCCAGAAUGCAACGAGGAUGGAACAUUUGCUCAGGUCCAGUGCCAUACUCUGACAGGUUACUGCUGGUGUGUCACCAGUGACGGCAAGCCAGUGAGUGGUUCCUCUGUGCACAACAGGACCCCGGUGUGUUCAGGAAACUUCCGUGAAUUUAUGGGAACUCAUGCUGGGACAAGUGGAUUGUCAGGGUCAGUAACCGAUAGACCACCUGGGCCACCGAACUCUGGUAGAAAAGUCUCUUUCCGUUUCUUUCUCACUCUCAACCCAGACGAUGGCUCCAAGCCCACACCCACCAUGGAGACACAUGUCCCUCCUGAGGGUGAUGAGAUAACUGCUCCAACGCUGUGGAUAAAACAUCUGGUUUAUAAGGAGAAUAAGCAGAACAGCUCCACUUCCAGGAAGCAAGAGAAAGUUCCCUCUUGUGACCAGGAGCGACAGAGCGCACUGGACGAGGCUCGGCAGAAUCCUCGCGAGGCCAUUUUCAUCCCUGACUGUGGGCCUGGAGGCCUUUACAAACCAGUCCAGUGCCACCAGUCCACAGGCUACUGCUGGUGUGUUCUGGUGGACACAGGACGGCCCAUUCCUGGAACAUCCACCAGGUACCAGACGCCGGAGUGUGACGGCGCUGCACGAUCUCGUGUCUCAGACACUGAAGACCCCUUCCAAGGCAGAGAACUGAUAGGCUGCCCGGAGGGGAAGAAAGUGGAAUUCAUUACAAGCUUGUUAGAUGCCCUCACCACAGACAUGGUGCAAGCCAUAAAUUCACCAGCCCCCUCUGGUGGUGGGAGGUUUGUUGAGCCUGAUCCCAGUCACACUUUAGAGGAGAGGGUGGUGCACUGGUACUUCGCCCAGCUGGAUAACAACGGCAGCCAUGACAUCAACAAGAAGGAGCUCAAGCCGUUUAAGAGGUACCUGAAGAAGAAAGCCAAACCCAAGAAAUGCGCCCGCAAGUUCACCGACUACUGUGACCUGAAUAAGGACAGGGCCAUCUCCCUGCAGGAGCUGAAAGGCUGCCUGGGCGUCAGCAAAGAGGGUAGUUCAACGACAAGUGGCAACCAAGGGACAAGGCAAGGGACAAAAUUGUUCAUAGGUCGUCUGGUGUGAGAAGAGAAGGAUCCCGAAGCUGAGACGAGAGCAGAGGGCACAGAGGGAAGGCAUCUGUACGCUUGCUGACAGGAAAGAGAAAGAUGGAGCAGAAAAAUUACCAAGUUCCUGAGUUUCAAAAAAGUGAACAGAAGAACAAGAAAACGAAGCGGCGCCAAAAUAUUUGCACUUUCUCCUCCCUAUGUUUGACAUUUUAUCUGUUUGUACGUGUGUUUUAUUUUCUCUUGAAGUGACUGAAAAAGGUCUAGGUAAGAAUGAGAAUAUAUUUGUAAAAAGAUGACAGGCUCACCACUGGAAGAUGUGUAUGUUACCACAUUUCCCCUUGUGUUUUAGUCUGCUGUUGUGAUUCAUUCUGUCCUCACAUAACAGGAAGAGGCACUAACACACAUUUUGUGGCUAAUAAAUUAAACUUACAUUUCCCCUGUUAUAUAUAGGAGCACACAGGCCAGUGGUUUCUCCCUAAACAGGAGCUUACAGUGAGCCACAUUCAGCCCAAAUGAUGUUCGAUACUAAAAAGGAGGACCUAUGGCAAUGUAGACCAAUUUAAACGAAUGUGUAAUAUUAUAUGUGAGCAUGCAAUAUUAAAGGAGCAGUCAGCGAUUCUAAUCCUUUUUUUUUUGUCAAAUUCAGCAAAUAUCCCCCUACCACCCGUUAGCUUUCCGUUGUGUGUGUUUUUUUCAAAAUUGCAUACACAGCCUAGCUCGGGAAAUGGGAAAUAAACAAAGUGGUUUGUACCACUUUUCCAGCCAAUCAGCAAUAGCUGGCUUGUGCAUAAGACAAGGGAAAGGGCCUGUAUGUAUAAAGACCAAGGCAGUGGGAGCGAGAGAGACAAUAAAAAAAAAAGAGCACUGUCGGAGGAGUUAAUAUUUCAGCAAUCUCUCUCCACAAUCGCUGACUCCACCUUUAAGUAAACGGCAUGAAUAAGAAUUAAACUGUGACCAUGAAGUCUAAUUUAUCAGCACAGAAUUAGCUGAAUGAAUCCCCUUGCACUGUACAGAGCUUUCUAGAUACAUUAACAUUUUGGCUUAAGAAUCAGAUCUUCGUGGAGAAUGUCUGAGAUGUGUUAUGUCUGGUUUUUGUUUGGCACAUACCAGUGUUGGGGAAAGCUAGCUGCAAGUAAGUACUUACUUGCUUACCACACAGUUACUUAAAGGUGUACUUUUUGUGCAACCAAAACCAAUGCAAGAACAUUAUGUUGUAUGUAGUUUGUAGUUCGGUCAUUAGCAUGUUGUCUGCACAGGAAGCCUUGAUGUUUUCAAUGUUUUUCUACUUUCGUAUAAAGUUUGUGCUAACAAAUUAAAAUAAUUAUAGUUCAGUAAAAAAAAAAAAACACUUCAAAGAGCGAAUAGAAACAGAUUGUGAGAACUGAAAAUGUGUAGCUGUCAGUAAUAACAAAAGGUAAU